AAAUAUUAUAUUUCUUUUUGUCGCGGAACGGUUUAGGGCUAUCGAUAGUUAGUCAAGUUGCAUUUUAGAGCCGCCAGAACUUAGAGAUAUUUGUGUCAGGAAUCUCGUGAAUGUGUAAUUCGGGCACACUAAAUCAUGUAAAGUUAUGCUUAAUUUUGGCGGAUAGUAUUACUACGAUUUGAGCAUCACACUGAGUGGGAAGGGAAACUGCGAAUAAAACAUAAGACCCAAAUACUCUGUUUGUUAUCGAACACGAGGUGUUUUCUUGGGCGUUAAGUUGCAAUGCACCCCGUGAUAGUUCGAGCGUCGUCAUUUUCUUUUAUUCGCACUCUGCAUUCGCAAGGUGCAUUGGAUUUGCACUCUGCGAGAAGAUGCCAAUGAAGCAUUCGCCCCGGCGGAGCCCCAGACUGGAUGUCGGGGGUGCUCCCGCAACUGCGACCACCACGGCCACAGCAACUGGCAAGCCGGCCAGCUCUGCGAGUGUGGCUGGUGAUCGGCAGCGGCCACAGACUCCGAAGGAAAGUGGAGUAGCCGCCAGUGAAGCGGCAAGUAACCUGCAGCCCGCAGCUACGGGGCAGCUUACGGACUCCACGACUGUACAAGUGGCGGCCCUCAUGGAAAGGAUCGCACAUCUAGAGUCGGAGCUGGUGAAGGCAAGGGCAAAUGAAGGGCAUGCAGAGGCCGCCAGGGAUCCCGUUGGAGUCGGGGCACGCGGCGUUGGAGUGAGCGGUACGGCGAAUACACCGCCAUGUUUGAGUGAAACGGUGCCAUGUCUGAGAGCAGCACCACGGCAGGGCUCGAGUGAGAGCCUGCCCAGGCAGAUUAUGAGUGACAAUCUGCAACCGGAGCUUGGAGUGACGCCAUCUUUGGAUGCGCAGUUGCCGGCACAAUUGAGUGCAAGUUUGCCGCCACAAUUGAGUGGAAAUUUGGCGCCGACGCUUGGCGGCCAUUGGGCAAACGGGCAACCUGUCACACGGAGUUGUACAACAACAACAGUGAGCUAUUCUCCGCCAUUUUGUGUUACCGCCACGGCGCAGCCUGAACGAGGUUAUGUUCACCCGCCACGGGAGCCAACACACAAUUUGGAGGUAUCAACGCCAUCGCCCCUAUCAUAUGGAAUGGCGGCGACGAGCAUACCUGGAUGGACGCCACGCAGACUGCCUGAUCUUCCCGAGUUUGAGGGUCAGCCAGAGGAAUGGCCAAUAUUCUUGUGCGCGUUCACGGAGACAACGGCAGCUUACCAGUGUACAGAUUUGGAGAAUAACCAGAGGCUAGUGAAAGCCCUGAAGGGUGAAGCCCGAGCAGCUGUGAAGUCGCUGCUCAUCCACCCCAGCAAUGUGCAAGCUGUUAUGGAGCAGCUACGAUUCCGGUAUGGACGUCCGGAGCUUUUGAUCCGUAGCCAACUGGAGAGCGUGCGCGAUGUGCAGCCAAUACAGGAGGCCAACAUCGCAAGGAUCGUGCCGUUCGCCACAAGGGUGAGCAACCUGGCAGCGUUCCUGCAGUCAACCACGACCGGCAGCCAGCACUUAGGGAAUCCAACCCUAAUGGAGGAGCUGAUCGCCAAGUUGCCUGUGAGCAAGAGGUUGGACUGGGCGAAGCACGCGGCUACGAUACAGCCAUAUCCGACAGUGGUGCAUCUAAGCGAGUGACUUCAUGAAUUCGCUAAAUUGGUGUGCACUGUCACGGACGUCGGAAUCAAGGAGCACCCGAGACGAAGGGUAUUGCA